UAUGUUAUUGCAUUACACUUAUAUACGUAUAAGUGAGUGGUGAGUCAGAUUCCAAUAAAUGACGUCUACAAAGUGGAAACUUGCGGCACUGGCUUGGGACAAGCUAUGAUUCAUGUCGAGUACAACAUUCCUGAGACUGAAUUCGAGCAGUGUGCAUUUAAUCUCAGCGUUCAAGGCUAUGUAAACAAAGAAUCUAAAGGAGCAGAAAUUCAGUUUUGUGCAGAAUAUUUGGGAAAUAAUUGCACAAACAUGGCUGUAGUUGAACUAGAGAUGCCUACAGGAUACCGCGCGUGUGAAUCGGAAUAUAGAGAAAAUCCUCUUUGUCUUAGAGAUAUACUGUUGGCUAAAGGGAAAAGCCUGAAAUUGGAUAAAUAUGAAAUUACUGAUAAAUCAGUUAUGUUUUACUUUGAAAAGCUCUGCAACGACAAAGAUACAUGCAUCAAAUUUUGGGCUCACAGAGAGUUUGAAGUAGUUCAUUCUUUGCCUGUUAGCAUUAGAGCUUAUGACUACGACGAGCCAUCUGAGGAAUGCACUCAGUUUUACACAUUAGAUAAUGGACAUUCGGAACUCUCAUUGCUUUGUGAUGAUAGCAACAAACAAAGAUCAGCCAGUCUGUGUAUGCGGAGGAGGUCGAUGUCCCAAACUUGAGACGAUUCAUAACAGACUGUGUAACGCUUGUAUUUUCCAUCAUUACGUCUACAGAGUUCGAGUGAUAAAAGCAGUUUACAGCAACGGAUGGAUGCAGUAUAAAGUCAAAAUUGUAGACAUUUUAAAACCUGGAAGUUAUCAUGUGAGACCGGGUGAUAAACUAAGUCUGUGGCUACUUGCCAUUUGCCAAAAAGAGUUUCUGUUAGAACAGGGCAAAGAAUAUCACAUCCAGGGAAUAGAUGGUUAUAAGCUAAUUCUUGAUCACAACUCUCUGGUUGAGCCGUGGCCGGAAAAGACAAGUGCUGAAUGCCGGGCACAGCUGAAAGAGACAUGUAUUAAGAAACCGUGUUUAAAGUACAAGAACAAAAAUGACCGUCAUUUAUGUGAAAAGGAACGUGAAGUCAAAUGCAAACCAAAGAUCAAAACGCAGUGUAAUGACUUUGAUCGUUACGUUGCACAUAUAAAAGAAGGCGCUAUUUGCGAAAUCCGUGACAUAUGUGAGCAGAUGUCUUGAAUGUCUUUGUAAUUGAACUUGAAGAUUGUGGAGACUUGCAUGAUACGUGUGUUUGAUUAUCGAUUGGUUGGUUUCUAGCUAUGAUUGAUCAUUUGGUUCUAUCAAGCAAAUACGAUUAGUUUCAAUUUAAAAAGUAGAGUUAAACGUA